AUGGCUUUUGUUAGCACUUGCUGGGGUGGUGAGAAAAUCUUGUCCAUUUGCUUUAGAGCUAGACUCAAGGAUUUGCAUUUAGGAUGCAAUUUCCGGGACAUUUUGGCCACCGGAAUCUUCACAAAGACUGGGAAGCCAUUGAUAAAGGCAGGAGAUGCGUAUAACAAAUAUAGAGUCAAGAGGAACUACUGGCCUAGGGUUCGUGGUGUUGCCAUGAAUCCUGUUGAACAUCCUCACGGUGGUGGUAAUCACCAGCAUAUUGGGCAUGCCAGUACUGUUGGUCGUCACAAGGUUUCAGGCCAAAAGGUUGGGCAAAUUGCUGCUAGGCAAACUGGCGGCCGUAGCAAAGGAACAGCUGCUCUCAUGGCUAAAAAGCAGAGUGCUUAG